ACUUUUUCUCAUGACGUGUCGGCGAGCUUAACUUUAUUAAAGAACUACUCGAAAAAGUCACUGCAAAUAGCCGAAAAUGCGCGACCAAUUCAUCAGCCUGGCCCUGAUUCUGUGCGUCCUGCACAGCGCCUGCGGCUUGUACUUCCACAUAUCGCAGACGGAGCGCAAGUGCUUCAUCGAGGAGGUUCCCGACGAGACAACUGUGAUUGUUAACUACAAGGUAGAGCUGUAUGAUCCGCGCUCUAAUGGAUUCAUGCCCUCGUCGCCCGGAAUCGGCAUGCAUGUGGAAGUACGCGACAGCGACGACAAGAUUGUGCUGUCCCGCGUGUACAGCUCACAGGGCCGCAUCUCGUUCACCUCGCACACUCCUGGCGAGCACGUCAUCUGCAUGUUCUCGAACAGCACCGCGUGGUUCAGUGGUGCCCAGCUGCGUGUUCACCUGGACAUCCAGGUGGGAGAGCACGCUAUCGACUACGCCCAUGUGGCGCAGAAGGAGAAACUGACUGAGCUGCAGCUGCGCAUCCGCCAGCUACUUGACCAGGUGGAGCAGAUCACCAAGGAGCAGAACUACCAGCGAUACCGCGAGGAGCGGUUCCGUCACACCAGCGAGAGCACCAACUCCCGCGUGCUCUGGUGGUCGCUGGCCCAGACCGUCGUCUUGGUUUGCAUGGGCUUCUGGCAUCUAUUUAACCUGUUCCACACUUGUGUGUACAUUAACGAGCAGUGUUUGUGUGUGUGCUGUCUUUAUAUAAAGAAAAUAUCUGCCCUUGGCCUUAUCAAUGAUAAGAUUAAUGGCUUGCCAGACCCGUGAGUCAGACUACAAACGACUUACGGCCAUGUCGGGGUGUGUAGAAGAGUUGGCCUGGUUGUGACUGUCAAUACAAGUGCUUACAUAGGCACACAAGUGUGGGGGAAACAACGCACACACACAUACAACGAAUCUCGCAACAUACGAUAUACGAUAAGUUGUGAUGUAUAUAUUAAUAUAUAUAUCCAUUCCGAAACAUCCACAAACAGACAAGACCAGACCGAUAUACCCUAGCACAUUGGGAACGGAGCUUCGAACUGAGCUCGGUAAAACGGGGCAAGGUUGGGGCAUUAUCGCAUCACAUGCAUAUGACAUCAGCGCAACACUGCGUAUACGUAAUCUGGCGAUAGUACUGAUUGAAUGAAUUUAAUGUCAGGCUCUACUAACCGUAGUUCUCCCUUCGUUUUCGUCCCCUUUUCCCCGCAAACAGGUAAACAAAAAAUCUACUGUGCGAAAUGCACGAAGAAGUGCUCCGGCGAGGUGCUCCGCGUGGCGGACAACCACUUCCACAAGGCCUGCUUCCAGUGCUGCCAGUGCAAGAAGUCCCUGGCCACCGGCGGAUUCUUCACAAAGGACAACGCCUACUAUUGCAUACCGGACUAUCAGCGGCUGUACGGCACCAAGUGCGCAAAUUGCCAGCAGUAUGUGGAGGGCGAGGUGGUCAGCACCAUGGGCAAGACCUAUCACCAGAAGUGCUUCACCUGCUCCAAGUGCAAGCAGCCCUUCAAGUCGGGCAGUAAGGUGACCAACACCGGAAAGGAGGUGCUUUGCGAGCAAUGCGUCACGGGUGCUCCAGUGUCGCCCAGUCGCCAGGCGACGGGUGGAGGCGUCUCCUCGCCAGCUCCUCCGGCGGAGAGUCCGACGAGAGCCACUGCCCACCAGCAGCACGGCAGUGUGAUCUCUCAUAAGGCGCACCUCAAGGAGGACUACGAUCCCAAUGACUGUGCCGGCUGUGGGGAGCUGCUGAAGGAGGGCCAGGCACUGGUGGCGUUGGACCGGCAGUGGCAUGUCUCUUGUUUCCGGUGCAAGGCCUGCCAGGCGGUGCUCAAUGGGGAGUACAUGGGCAAAGACGCGGUGCCCUACUGCGAGAAGUGCUACCAGAAGGGAUUCGGGGUGAAGUGUGCCUACUGCAGUCGCUUCAUUAGCGGCAAGGUGCUCCAGGCGGGCGACAACCACCACUUCCAUCCGACCUGUGCCCGCUGCACAAAGUGCGGCGAUCCCUUCGGCGACGGCGAGGAGAUGUACCUGCAGGGCAGUGCCAUCUGGCAUCCGCGAUGCGGUCCGGGUCCCUCCGAGUCCGGCAUAAUUUUGAACGGCGGCGGAGGCACUUCGUCGGUGGUCGGAGGUGCCUCCAAUGGCAACUUCACAGACACUGAAUGCGACCGGAUGAGCUCCAGUGCCCUUAGCGAGAUGUACAUCCGCUCCAGAACUCCGAGCUUUAAUGGUUCACUUUAUUCCUCUAGCCGCAAGCACUACCGAACGGUGAGUCCGGGUCUGAUACUCCGGGAGUACGGACGACCCAAUGCCGAGGACAUCUCGCGCAUCUACACCUACAGCUAUCUGACGGAUGCGCCGCACUAUCUGCGCAAGCCGAUCGAUCCGUAUGACAAGACGCCGCUGUCGCCGCACUUCCAUCGGCCCUCCUCAUACGCGACCACCGCCAGCAAUGCGGGAUCCGUGGCCGGAAGCCGCCCGCCGUCGCGUCCCCACUCGCGGACCCGCAGCGCCAUGAAGGUGCUGGUGGACGCCAUCCGCUCGGAGACGCCGCGUCCCAAGAGUCCUGGCAUGAACAACGAGGAGCCGAUUGAACUGUCUCACUAUCCGGCCGCCAAGAAGCCGCCGCCAGGUGAGCAGCCCAAGAUCGAGCGGGAUGACUUUCCCGCUCCGCCGUAUCCCUACACGGAUCCGGAGCGUAGGCGGCGAUACAGUGAUACCUACAAGGGAGUGCCCGCCUCCGAUGAUGAGGACGAGAAUGUGGAGAAUGGCAAGCCGAAUGGCAAGGUCAAGAAUGGCGAGGAGCAGCAACGCCUUCAACGCGAAGCCGAACAGCUGGAAAAGCUUAACUCGGGCAUCGGAUCGGCGAUUGCCAAGGACCUCAAGGAGCACGCCAAGUACAGGAAGUGGAAGCAGAACAAUUUGGAUCCGCGCAACGCAUCCAGGACGCCCUCCGCUUCCAAGGAGCCACUCUACAAAUUGAGAUACGAAUCGCCCAUUGGAGCAUCGCCAUCGCGCAAUCUGGACCACCAGAAGCCCUUCUACGAGGACGAGAUGUUCGAUCGCUCCACCAGCUACCGUGGCUCGCUUGGCAAAUCGCUUGGAAACGCGCCCAGCUACAAUGCCAUACAUUCCUACCGAUCGCCGCCCAAGCCCGGAUACGGAUUCAAAACGACGACUCUGCCCUAUAUACGCAAUGGCUUCAGCUCCGACUUCUCCUAUGGAGGACUGGGCGACAAGACCCACAGCACAGAUUUGAGCUGCGGCAAAUCGGAGGCUUCUGUGGACUCGAUCACCGAGGGCGAUAGGCGAGCUCUGAUGGGCGGCGACCUGCCCGCCUCGAGCACUUACUCAGGAGCACUCUCCUACCACUAUCCGCAGGCCGGACUCAUCCGGCGCAGUCUGCCCAACAUGUCCCAUUCGAUAAUUAGUUGCGCUAACGCAAAAUUGUAACUGAGAACAACUAUAUGAAAGGAACAUAAAAUCCCAAUAAAAAACGAAGUGUAUACAGAC